CAGCAGCCGCCCGGGUCGGUAAAAAGCCUUGAUCUCCUCCUGCCAUCUGCGCUGCUGCUGCUCCCUGAGGUAGGAGCGGACUUCCUGAGGCUCUGACUGCGCUUCUCCUCCAUCUACCUGUUGCUGCUCCGCUGGGACCUGAUCACCAUGGGGGGGUUAGACGCGCUCCGGCAGCUCAGCUUCAUCAAAUGGCUCCGAGAGGAGCGCCAGUCCAGGAAACUCAUUCUCUUCAUAGUUUUCGUGGCUUUGCUCCUGGACAACAUGCUGCUGACAGUGGUCGUUCCCAUCAUCCCCAGCUACCUGUACAGCCUGGAUGUGACGUCGGAUGCAGAGAUACGGAACAGCAGCGUGUCUCCUCAGGCUCCCACUGGGUCUUUCCACACCAUCGUGUCUUUGUAUGACAACGCCGUCAGGCUGUCGGGCUCCAACUCCACCGUUGGCCCUGCUGACCUGCCCUCCACCCCUGCUGCCUUGCAGCCUCGGCUGAACUCCACUGACUGCCCUCAGUCUACCAGCAGGCUGCUCAAUGAAAAUGUCAAAGUGGGAAUGCUGUUUGCUUCCAAGGCCACCGUGCAGCUGCUGACCAACCCCUUCAUCGGCCCGCUGACCAACAGAAUUGGAUACCAACUACCAAUAUUUGUUGGCUUCUGCAUUAUGUUCCUGUCUACCAUCAUGUUCGCCUUCUCGUCCAGCUACACUUUGCUGUUCUUAGCCAGGUCGCUUCAAGGUGUCGGCUCCUCCUGUUCAUCAGUGGCUGGCAUGGGGAUGCUGGCUAGUGUGUACACGGAUGAUGAGGAGAGAGGUCACGCCAUCGGGAUCGCCUUGGGAGGUCUGGCGCUUGGAGUGUUAGUCGGACCCCCAUUUGGCAGUGUGAUGUACGAUUUUGUUGGGAAAACAGCUCCUUUCCUCAUCCUGGCAUUCAUUGCAGUCUUUGAUGGAGCUCUGCAGCUCUUUGUUCUUCAGCCUACCAAGGUGGAACCUGAGAGCCAGAAGGGAACCCCACUGCUCACACUCAUGAAGGAUCCGUAUAUUCUGCUGGCAGCUGGUGCCAUCUGCUUUGGAAAUAUGGCUAUUGCCAUGUUGGAACCAACGCUACCAAUCUGGAUGAUGGAAACCAUGUGUGCCAGGAAAUGGCAACUAGGCAUCGCUUUCCUACCAGCUUCCAUAUCCUACCUUAUUGGAACCAACAUUUUUGGAUCAUUGGCACACAAGAUGGGAAGAUGGCUUUGUGCUCUCAUUGGAAUGGUGGUGGUUGGCUUCAGUGUUAUAUGUGUUCCCUUUGCCAAAGACAUCUAUGGUCUAAUUCUUCCUAACUUUGGUGUGGGUUUUGCUAUUGGUAUGGUGGAUUCCUCCAUGAUGCCUAUAAUGGGUUACCUGGUGGACCUGAGGCAUGUGUCUGUGUAUGGCAGUGUGUAUGCCAUUGCUGAUGUGGCGUUCUGCAUGGGAUUUGCUUUAGGUCCAUCCAUUGGUGGUUCCAUAGCUGAGAGCAUUGGCUUUCCUUGGCUGAUGACCAUCAUCGGAGUAGUGGACAUUUUCUUCGCUCCUCUCUGUUUCUUUCUAAGAAGUCCACCUGGACAGGAGGAGAAAAUUGCGAUCUUGAUGGACACAAACUGCUCAAUGAAGACGAGGUCUUACUCCACACAGGGGACGUAUUACCAGGGUGACGACAUGGAUCCAGAGAAUGACGAUUAUGAUUAACCAGACAACAGCCAUGUAGUUUAAGCCCUCAGAAAAUAUAUAUUUUGUUGUACAAAAAAAAAAGGAAACAGGGAAACAAAACAUAAUGAAAAAACACAUCCAA